ACAGGUCGAAUAAUUAUGCUUUCAAUGUCCAGGUGCUCUUUAUUUAAGAGAUUCCUGUCUCUCAGGAGGUGUGAGAGUCCUCAGACCAGACUCCCCUCUGGUGGGUGCAUGUUGCUGGCGAUACUCUCUUUGAACUGCGGAGUUCUCUACAGCUGGCCGAGAUGGAGGAGGGAUAGGGGGGUUCUCACCUCACAUAUCUCCAUUUGUGCAAGUAUCUGACAUCGGAAGUCUCCUCAACAGAGCUGGCUUCACUAUCACCACUAUCGAUACGGAUGAGAUUCAGGUCAACUAUCCCUCCAUGUACGAAGUGAUUCAAGACCUCAAAGGGAUGGGGGAGAGCAACUGUGCGUGGAACCGUAGACAUUACAUCAGACGCUCCACCCUGACGGCUGCUGCCGCCAUUUACCAUGACAUGUUUGGAGCCGAAGAGAAAGAGAAUGAAGUUUCAGCUACGUUUCAAAUACUCUACUUCAUCGGUUGGAAGCCAGACCACUCUCAACGAGGCCCCGCCCCCAGAGGGUCGGCUGGUGCAUCACUCAAAGACAUAGGAUCCCAUACCACAUAAUUCCAUUCCCCAUUCCAAUUCAUGUCUCUGUUCCAUUCCGUAUAAAUGACAUCAUAGCAAAUAACAA